UAUUAUUUUUAAUAAUUAGAAGCGAGCAAAUAAAUCCGUAGCUGAGGAGAUGCUUCACCGUCCUCCACGAUAGUUGGAGGCAGAGCAUGCAGGUGGGUGGUGGCAACUGGGAAUCUCAAUAGUUUUAUCUGCUUCAAAUCUAGUACUACUUUCAUUCAUCCUUUCACUCACAGAGCAGAUAAGAGAGGAAGUCGUUUGUGUUUUCAUGGCAAGUGCAGCCGCAUGGGCCCUCUCUCACCCUUUUGCCUGUAAGGCAAGCUUCCAUUGCUAUGCACAACGUGCAAAACCCUAUUCUCUAAACAUUGGAUGGUGUAGCCACAGGCGAAGGGGAUCAUGGACCCUUGCCUUUGCUCUUACUAAACCUGUAAACACACAGGAAAAGGAGGAGGCAGUGCCCUCUCCACUGCGCCUGCAAAAAGACAUACAGGGAAGUGAUGAGGGAGAGAAGCAUAGAGUGCUCAGAGGAGGAAAAAUUGCUCACAAUGACAUUGCAGAAGGAGAUGACCGCGUCAAACAUUCAUUCAAUGUUGUUUUCGCAGCAGCAGAAGCUGCUCCAUACUCAAAAACUGGAGGGCUUGGGGAUGUUUGUGGAUCUUUACCUAUUGCCCUUGCAUCUCGAGGUCAUCGUGUCAUGGUCAUAUCUCCAAGAUACAUGAAUGGUGUAACAGAUGAGAAAUAUAGUGGUGCUUUUGAUGUUCAAUGUCGCAUUAAAAUAUCUUGUUUUGGUGGGCAGCAUGAAGUUGCAUUUUUUCAUGAAUAUAGGGCAGGUGUGGAUUGGGUGUUUGUUGACCAUCCUUCUUAUCAUCGACCUGGGAAUCCAUAUGGUGAUAAUUUUGGUGCCUUUGGGGAUAAUCAGUUCCGUUUCACACUUUUAUGCCAUGCGGCUUGUGAGGCUCCUUUAGUGCUUCCUCUAGGAGGAUUUACUUAUGGAGAAAAGUGCUUAUUUAUAGCAAAUGAUUGGCAUGCAAGCCUUGUGCCUGUUAUAAUUGCAGCUAAGUAUCGCCCAUAUGGAGUUUAUCAUGAUGCUCGCAGUAUUCUUGCAAUACACAAUCUUGCACAUCAGCAUUGCUUUUUCUUGUUCUUUUCCUUUAACAACAAGGGUGUUGAACCUGCAACAACCUAUGGGAAUUUAGGAUUACCUCCUGAUUGGUAUGGUGCAUUGGAAUGGGUAUAUCCAACAUGGGCAAGAAAGCAUGCUCUUGACAGAGGUGAAGCUGUUAGUCAUUUGAAAGGUGCAAUUGUUACAGCAGAUAGAAUUCUGACUGUUAGUGAGGGGUAUGCUUGGGAAAUAACAACAAGUGAAGGUGGAUGGGGUCUUGAUGAGCUUUUACAUAGCAGAAAAUCUGUAAUUAAUGGCAUAACAAAUGGUAUAGAUGUUGAUGACUGGAAUCCAGCUACCGACAAAUACAUUGCACAUCAAUAUUGUGCAGAGGAUCUUUCAGGGAAGGCUGAAUGCAAAGCUGCUUUGCAGAAAGAACUUGGACUUUCUGUUAAACCAGAUGUACCAUUGAUUGGCUUCAUUGGAAGAUUGGACUACCAAAAAGGACUCGAUCUAAUUCAGUCAUCUCUUCCAGAAUUAAUACAAGAGAACAUACAGUUUGUUAUGCUUGGUUCUGGAGAUGAAUACAUCGAGUCCUGGAUGAAAACAUCAGAGUCUUCUUAUAAAGACAAGUUCAGAGGUUGGGUUGGGUUCAGUAUUCCAGUUUCUCACAGAAUAACUGCAGGAUGUGACAUAUUAUUAAUGCCAUCAAGAUUUGAACCAUGUGGUCUCAACCAACUUUAUGCAAUGAGAUAUGGGACAGUUCCAGUUGUGCAUUGUACUGGGGGCCUCAGGGAUACUGUGGAGGACUUCAAUCCUUUCGAUAAUGAUGGUGCAGGUUCUGGGACAGGGUGGAGAUUUUCUCCCUUGUCCAAGGAAGCUAUGGUUGGGACGCUGAAGAUAGCAAUCGAAACAUACCAUCAACAUAAAUCUUCAUGGAAGGGGAUCAUGAAAAGAGGAAUGCUACAAGACUAUACAUGGGAAAAUGCUGCAUCACAAUACGAACAAGCAUUUGAAUGGGCUUCAAUUGAUCCACCUUAUGUCAGACCUUGAUGCUAAUCGUUCUAAUGCAGUUAGUGCUCUAUUGCUGAAAGUUUCAAUACAAUCUAUGUACUCAACUACUUGUAGGAUAGAACCUGAAUAGAUCUUGAAGUUGAGAUCUUGUAUGUACAAGCUGCCUGAACACAUCACUUGUGCAUGUUUGCUUCAACUGAAAACAGUUUGUUCUGUAGUUUACAUUCUUAAAGGAGGAAAGGCUAAAUUACUUUUAAGAUAUUUUACUUUUCAACAAACAAUAAAGCAUUGUACUCUUUUUCUUUUUA